AUGAGAAUCGACCAAGGGCUUGAUUUUUAUGCUAUUGGAAUCUAUCGGAGUUCUGUUGUUGAUUUCCAUGGGAAGCAGGACUGGGAAUCUGCAAUUAGAGUGGGUGUGCUGGAUUGUGGGGAAGAAGAGAACUAUGAGACGUGCAAAGAAUAUGGUAUUCACUAUUAUCCAACUUUUAGGUACUUCAAAGCAUUUACAAAGCAGUUUACUACUGGAGAAAAUUACAAAGGAGCAGAUCGAGAGCUGCAAACAGUUCGUCAGAUGAUGAUUGACUUCUUACAGAAUCAUUCCCAAGAAUUGAGACCGCCCGCUUGCCCGCCCUUGGAUCCAGUUUCGUCCAGUGAUAUUACUUCUCUUUUUGACAAGAACAGCCAUCAUUAUACUGCCAUUGUGUUUGAAAGUAAUAACUCCUAUGUUGGACGAGAGGUUAUCUUAGACUUGAUCCAGUAUGAAAACAUCGUUGUAAAGAGAGCGUUGAAUUUUGAUAAGCCUUUUCUUGAGAAACUUGGUAUCACCUCAGUCCCUUCAUGCUAUCUGAUGCAUCCAAAUGGAUCCCAUGGAUUAAUUAACAUUUUGAAGCCUCUACGGUCUUUCUUUUCUUCGUAUUUAAAGUCACUGCCAGGUGUAAGAAAAAAACUUCUUUUGCCACUUCAGCUACCUGUUCAAGAAAACAAAGAGAAGAGUACAGAAAUCAAGGUGUGGAAAGAGUUCGAUAAAUCUAAGCUGUACAUGGCUGACCUUGAAUCGGGAUUGCAUUACCUGCUCAGGGUAGAGCUUGCUACGCACAAGACACUUGAGGGAGCUGAGCUAAAGACCUUCAAGGAUUUUGUUACCGUCUCUGCCAAGCUUUUUCCUGGCCGUCAGCCUGUGGUGAAGUUGUUAGAGACCUUGCAAGAGUGGCUGGUGAGCCUUCCAUUAGACAAAAUCCCUUAUGAUGCUAUCCUAGAUCUGGUCAACAACAAAAUGCGGAUUUCUGGGAUAUUUCUCACGAAGAAGGUUCAGUGGGUCGGAUGUCAGGGCAGCAGACCAGAGCUGAGAGGUUAUACCUGUUCCCUUUGGAAGCUGUUUCAUACCCUAACUGUUCAAGCUGCGCUGCGACCGAAAGCUUUGAUAAAUACAGGUCUUGAAGACAGCCCCCAAAUAGUACUUCAGAUCAUGCGGAGAUACAUUCACCACUUUUUUGGCUGCAAGGCUUGCGCUCAGCAUUUUGAAGAAAUGGCUAAAGAGUCCAUGGAUUCUGUUAAAACCUUGGACGAGGCUAUUCUCUGGCUCUGGGAGAAACACAACGUGGUGAAUAACAGGCUCGCAGGUGAUUUGACUGAAGAUCCAAAAUUUCCCAAAGUUCAGUGGCCAACUCCAGACAUUUGUCCUGCAUGUCAUGAAGAAAUUAAAGGAUUACACAGCUGGAAUGAAGCCCAAGUUCUACAGUUCAUGAAGUAUCACUAUAACAGUGAAAAUAUUCUAUAUAAAUACGCUGAAAGCCAGACUGACUCCAGUGAAACUGAGCAGGGAGAUACAAGGGAGGUGAAAGACAAAAGUCUACUGAAGAAACCAAGUGGGAACAAAGAAAAUAAGAUCCAGGAUAAAGAAAACGUACCAGAUUCAGAACCUAAGGUGUUAGAUAAGCUAAUAGCAAAUCAUGGACCUGUCAAAGAUAGCGGUAAAAGCGCAGCUGGAUCAGCUAACUUUAAAGAGAUGAAGCAGGCCGUGUCUUUCUUAGGGAUUGGAUUUUCAAACAUAGACAUGAGUCUGUGUGUCAUACUAUAUGUAGCAUCAUCCUUAUUUUUAAUGAUCAUGUACUUUUUUUUCCGAAUGAGAUCUAAGCGGUGGAAAGUGAAGUAUUAUCGUUCAUCUGUAUAG